AUGCCCUACUCCUGGUGGGGCUCGGAGCCUCCGAGGCUGCCGGCCCGGAGAGCCGCGCGGUCUGGACGAUCGCUUGAUUCGAUGCUCGGUCCAGCCUGCUUCAAUUACAGCAUGGAGAGGCUGUGUCUACGCUUCUGCUGGCCGCAGGCAAGUGACUUCACAUUUCAGCUGCGCGUGGGCAUGGUGAGCUAUACAUCCUGCAGGUGCACAGUCAGUCUCGGUUUCUUCUUGUUGGGGCGGAUCUUCAUCAUCACGACUAUAUCAGAUCUCAUCAUGCGCAUCGCUACAAUGUCAACUUGGCCAUGCAAGAACCGUCAGUAUGCGGUGCUGCCAGCACGUCCGCGUUAUUAUGUUUAA